AUGCCGAUCGUGAUCGACCACACGGCUCACCCGCACAUCAUCGACGCGAUCAUCGGGGCAUGCGACACGCCGACGGCAAUCGCGUUCCGGUCAACGUCCCGCGCGUUUCGGGACAAGAUCGACCCGAUGCUGCUGGCCCACGUGCUGCUGUACGCGCCAGCACCAGACCCCGUCCCGAGCAUCCAGCACCUCAACAGGAUCAAGGGGCUCGUGAGGCCGUCUGAGGUGGUAGAUCCCGAGGUGGAAGGCGCACCCCCGCCGCCCCUCUUGCCUUUCGUCCCCGGCGCUAUCCGGGCCAUCGACGUCAACACGGAGAACGAGUACACGCCGGAAUUUGCACGCAAGUUGACUGGCGUGCGCACCGUGCGCCGCAGCAACGAUGCGGUCUGGUCUACGCCUCCCCCCUUCGACGGGAUCACCAUGGUCGACUUUGUCAGCCUCUACGGCGGGCUGUACCAGGACCUGGGCCCGUUCUGGUUCUUGGAGACGUACGUCAUCCACAUCCGGUGGGACGAGUCUGAGCGGCAGGAGAUAUUCGCCGAGAUCGACGCCACGCCCAUGAAGCAAGCGUGCAUGUCCCUCAUGGUGCUCGUGCUCGAGCCUUGGUCCCCCGGCCGGCCGCCAGUGUGCACGCCCGACCUGACGUUCCUCAGCAACAUCGCCGUCGGCAUGUUAAGUGUCCUCGAGUGGGGAGGCACACUGUGCAUCGUCGGGGCGGACGACGUGUCGCCUCUCAACAUGGGAGCCGAGGCCGAUGACGAGGACGAGGACGACGCGCACCCGGUGACCAUGUUCGAGGACAUGCUCCUAGGCUUCUGGCGCGACUCGGAGAACGCACCGCCCGAGGACCAUCUGGUGAGGCUUCUCGCCGACGUCGAGUUUGUCUCCCUCGCCGAGUGGCACGAGUCGCUGCGCCAGCGGGGACGGGACGAGGACGGACUGGAUGUGUACGAACUGCUGGCGGAAUGGCCGCGUUAUGCGCGCCCCUAA